UCUCCAGCCAAGAGGCUGGCGCCACCAACGCAAAAGUCAAGAUGCCCAUCCCCCGCCCUCCGGUCUUCGACGACAAGCUCAAAGAGCGCGAGUACCUCAAGGGCCGUCUCGCCGCGGCCUUUCGCAUCUUCGGCAAGAAUGGCUAUGACGAGGGCGUCGCCGGCCACAUCACCCUCCGCGACCCCGUCGACCCAACCACCUUUUGGGUAAACCCCUUCGGCGUCGCAUUCUCCCAAAUCAAGGCCUCCGAUCUAAUCCAGGUCGACCACUCGGGCGCCGUGAUCGACGGCGGCCCAUGCAGAUUGCUUAAUGCAGCGGCAUUCAUGAUCCAUUCCGCUAUUCACUCCGCCAGACCUGAUGUGCUCUGUGCGGCGCAUAGCCAUUCUCUGUACGGCCGCUCAUUCUGUACCCUCGGUAGGGAAUUGGAUAUCACGACGCAGGACUCGUGUGCCUUUUAUAAUGACCACGUCCUCUACAAACAAUUCAACGGCGUCGUGCUCGCCGAAGAAGAAGGACGGAACAUCGCCUCUGCUCUAGGCAGCAAGAAAGCAGCCCUACUCCAGAACCACGGUCUACUGACUGUCGGCCAGACCAUUGAGGAGACGGUCUUCUGGUUCGUGUCGUUGGAGAAAUGCUGCCACGCGCAGCUGCUGGCUGAUGCCGCGGCGGCGGGCAGGGGAGGCACGACGGUUAAAAUCGAUGAUGCCGAUGCGGCGUUUACGUAUAAGACUGUGGGAACGAAUUUGGCGGGGUAUUUCAGUGCGAAGCCGCUUUUUGAUGUUAUUCAUGAGGAGACGGGGGGCAAGUAUUUGGAGUAGCCUAAUUUAAGAGGCGGUUGGCUAUUUGGGUGGAAUUGUUAGUUGAUAGGUAGCAAGGAUGAGGCGUUGAUGGGACUGGAUAGGUUUUAUUCAUAUGGUAGGGAGAUUGCAUAAUGACAGGACUGAUUUGGUACCUAGUAUGCUUUUGUUUAUACGUAACCUAAAGGUACUUUACAGCCCAAGGCAGACUGAUAGCCCCGUCAUCGUAGUAGGCAGGCAUGGGCUUUCAAACCACAGCCAGAAACUAACACCCAUAUAUAUCUUAUUAUCUAGCUCAUCCCCUCAGCCUUUAAAAACCCCUCCCGCUCUCCAGCCAACGAAUCAACCCAUCCGUCCCUCCUCUUACAAUAAAUCUCCCCUCCCAACUCCGAACACUGCGCCCUGGACUCAUCAUCCAGCGUCCCCC